AUGCUUUUGAACAAAGACACCUGUCUGAGCAAUGCUUUGGUCCAGCUCGUGCCGUACACUGCUGCCCAUGUUCCACGCUACUAUCAAUGGAUGCAAGAUCCUGAAGUCCUUGCAUUGACUGCGUCGGAGCCACUGUCCUUGGAGGAGGAGUAUGAGAUGCAGUGCAGCUGGCAAGAAGAUGCAGAUAAGCUGACGUUCAUCAUUCUGAGAGCUACGACUGAUUCCGUUGCUGGUGUUGAUGGCGACUCUAUCGACCGUAUGGUAGGCGACGUGAAUAUGUUCUUGCACGAGUACGAUGGCUCUGAAGAAAGCCAUGAUGUGGAGGACGGCUGCUACAUGGGAGAGCUGGAGAUUAUGAUUGCUGAAGCUGGAUCACGGCGUCAAGGACUUGGUCGGUCUGCUAUGCUACUUUUCAUGGCGUACAUUCUCAAGCAUCAAUCUCAAAUUGUGAGCACCGGCAAACUUGUGUGCCUGCGGGUCAAGAUUGGCAAGGACAAUGUCAAGUCUUUGGCACUCUUUGAGGGACUGGGCUUCUCGAAAUACAAGUAUGUUGAGAUCUUUGAGGAGCACGAGCUGAGGCUGCAGAUUCUGGACACAACAGCAGCACACGUCAGGGCUUUGAUGCGUGACACUGAUCAGACAUGGGAGGAAUUCAAAAUGCCGAAUGCAUAG